UGUAAUGUCGAUUCUCCGUUUCAGCGUCAAUAAAAAUAUCAAAGUGUGUGGUAUAUCUGAACGCAUAAAAAAUAGUUGGAUGAUCUGUAAGAUUUGUUUUGAAAGAAAUUAUUGCUAUUUGUAUGAUAGCAUUAUCUAAGACAGUUUACGCACAAUAUUCGUCGAAGCAAAUGCAUGAACAAAUUUAAUAACAUGGCUGACUCCAGAUAAAAACAGUGAUUGGAUUACCUACCACAAGACUCCCAUGAACACCUCAUCAACAAUCACAAAAAUGUACAUACUCUUCAUUUCAACUUUAUGUAAUGUAUUUUUAUUUGUAUCCAGAACAAGUUGUACAAAUGAUAGCGAAAAAUCUACAAACACUUUUUAUGAUGGAGUGCCGAAAAUUCUUGCAGAGUUUGUUUUAGAUGAUAAUACAUAUUUCACACACUUAACGUAUGACAAAAAAAGGAAUUUGCUGUAUGCAGGAGCAACUAAUCGUAUUUUUCAGUUGGACAUGGACAACAUAAAAUUAAUACAUGAGGUAAAAACGGGGCCGAAAUUAGAUUCACCUCAAUGUCAUACAGGAGGGUGCUCGCAAGAUGAUAUUGAAACGUAUGAAGCAAAUAAUCAUAACAAAAUUCUUAUAUAUAACGAUGUUGGCGAUACGUUAAUUGCCUGCGGCAGUGUUUACCAGGGAGCAUGCCAGAUUUAUUACCUCAAUGGACGCUUUCCAGACUCUUCAAAAUAUAUUGAAGUAGCUUUGGCAGCAAAUGAUGAAUUUUCAUCCACAUAUGCUUUUAUCGGGCCGAGUAAAUAUCAAGCCUGGAAAAAAGAAGAUAUUCUCUACGUCGGAACAACUUUCACAAAUGUUGGUGAUUAUCGUCACGAUGUUCCAGCCAUCUCUUCAAGAAAGUUAGAUGAUCUUGACUACGCAGAAUUUUCAAUCCAGCAAUCAAAUAUAAACAUUGAUGUUAAAUACCGUGAUCACUUUUUAGUAAACUACAUGUAUGGAUUUAACAGCUCGGAGUAUGCUUAUUUCGUCGUCGUACAGAAAAAAUCCCACCUGGCAGAUGAGGCCGGAUUUGUUACGCGAUUGGCAAGAAUAUGUGUGAAUGAUCCAAACUAUGAUAGUUAUACAGAGGUAACUAUUUCAUGUCUUGUCGAUGGUGAAGAUUACAACAUCGUUAGGGAUGCUAAAAUAACUCAAGCUGGAACCAAACUCAGUCAGGAUUUAGGUUUAAAAAAAGAUGAUUUUGUGUUGGUUGCCGUUUUUUCCCCGUCGAAGGAGAUUACAAAUGAACCACAAAAUAAUUCUGCAAUGUGCAUAUAUAGUCUUAUUGAAAUCGAAGAAAUUUUCAAUGAAAAUAUACACUCUUGUUUCAACGGCAGCAUCAAAGACAGAAAUCUAGGGUAUAUUUCUGGAACAAUUAACGAUGGAAAGUGUCCAAAUGUCGGUUCAAUAGGAAACAUAUUCAGUUUUUGUCAAGUUGGAUUGAAAAUAAGUGGUGUAACACCUAUUGUGUCUCGAUCUCUAUUUGUGUUCCAAAAUGAAUCGGUUACAUCUGUAACGACAGCAAACACUGGACCACAUACUUUAGCAUUUCUUGGAACCAAUGAUGGAUGGAUUAAAAAGGUUCUCUUAUCAGGAUCAGCCGCUGGAGAGUAUGAAAAGAUAGAAGUAGAUCCAGGUACCAAGAUUUUGACAGACACAAUGAUCGCUCCAAGAAAUGAUUUCCUGUACGUUUUAUCGACAAAAAAGAUAAUUAAAAUAAGCAUCGAACAUUGUAGUACAUUUCUGAACUGUUCCAGUUGUUUGGAAUCUAGAGAUCCAUUCUGUGGUUGGUGUUCCCUUGAAAAACGUUGCACAGUUCGUAGUGCAUGCCAGAAAGAUACCAGUACAUCUCGAUGGCUUUCAAUAAGUACCGGACAACAAUGCAUUGAUUUUGAAAACGUUUCCCCGGAUAACAUUCCUAUUAAUCAAAUGGCAACCGUGAAUCUUAUAAUUCGUACUUUGCCAGAACUACCGUACAACGCAAAAUACAAGUGCGUUUUUGGAAAUUCGACACCCAUUGAUGCAAACGUCACAAAUGAGGGCUUAAUUUGUCGAACACCACCGAUUUCUAAACGUCCUUCAAUUUCGGUUAGCAGUGAUCAUAUUUUAGUUCCUUUAAGUGUUCGAAGCUCAGAAACUAAUAAAGACUUUGUUUCACGCAACUUCGCAUUUUAUGAUUGUUCGCGUCAUGAAACCUGUGUAAAUUGCUUGCGAAGCCGUUGGGGUUGUAACUGGUGCGUCUACGACAACAAGUGUGUUUAUAAAACGUCAUCCUGUCGAAAUUCUGGCAAUAUUUCCAACAGCGAAAGCAUGUGUCCGCAUUUUAAAAAGAAAUCACGGACAAUUCUUUUACCAAAUAAGGUUCCUAAAGAAAUAAAACUAGAGAUUGAAAAUUUACCAAGACCACAAAGCGCACAUACUGGUUUUCUAUGUACGGUAAACAUCGAAGGGGCUCAUAUGGUUCUACCAGCAAGAGUAGAAUCAAAUAAAUAUGUCGUCUGUGAAAAAACGCCGAAAUAAUAUCUAUUCCAUAAACUCCAUUGUUAAUUUAAUUUGGUAGCGAUAUACAAUUACAAUUUGUGAAAAGGACAAACUUAAUUUGUUUGGUUCCGAUAUUUGAUAAACAUGAUUUUUCCAACCAACUUCAGAUUCCUGACACGGCCUCGAUAAAAUCCGAUUUUGUUCCAUGAAUAUUAAAGCAACUUUGAUCAGUGAGUAAAUGAUUUGUUCAAGAGUUAUAAGUCUCUUAGGUAAAUUUCACUAUUUUUUUAUAAGUUUCUUUUGUAAUUUUCACUAAACAAUGAAUAAUUGUCCAGUUUGUUCUUCGUAUUUUACGCCUCUAACGAUUUUUCCCAUCUUUUCCUUGAUAAUGCUUUUACGAUUUGUAUUUAGUUUGCUUAUGCUUAUUUAAAAAAUCCAUUUUGUUUUGUUAUUUCUUCUUCUGCUCUCGAGACGUUUUU